GGGAUUGAGGGGAGGAAUAGAGGGAGGCAGGGAGAGAGAAAAGCAGCAGGCAGGCGUUAGAGCAAGCCAGAGUGGGAGUGAAAGAGCAGCAGACUGCAGGGCUGAAAGAAAGAGAGCGAGAGAGCGAGAGAGAGAGAGAGCGAGAGCUGGAGAGAGAGGGAUAAGGAACGAGACAGAGGCAGCAAAUGAGAGAAAGAGAGGGGAGCACGCGCGUGCGAGAGAGAGUGUGUGUGUGUGUGUGUGCGCACUGCACAGAUCGAAACCAGAAAGGAGAGGGAGCAGGAGUGUGUGCGUGCGUGAGCGAGUGUGUGGGAGCGAUCAAGCGGUCGGAGUGCUAGGUAAUGGAGGUGCAGUCGGAGUGCGGGGAGCCUCCCGCUGACCCCCAGCCCACGGGGAAGAUCAACAAAGCCGCCUUCAAGCUCUUCGGCAAGCGACGCACCGGCUCGGGGAUGGCCGGCUUCUUCUCCUUCAGGAACAAAGGAGCCGUGAGCAACGGGAAUCCUUCCUCCUCGGAGAACGGCCACGGAUCAACGGCGGCGGCGGCGGCGGAACCAGCGGCCCCUGUGGAGCUGGUGCGGAGCAAGACCCACGACGGGCUCCCCACGGGGCCCGACGGCCCGGGCAGCGGGGAGGCACUGGGGGGAGGAGGUGGAGGACGAGGAGGCGGCGGCGGCGGAGGAGGCGUCGGGGGCAGCCUGGAGGCCGUGCCCGUACGGUCGCUCAGCAAGUCCUUCAGCUUCUUCUCCUUCCUCCGCCGCGGCAGCCUGAGAACCGCCGAGAGCGGGGGGGCGGGGCUGGCCCGGCGGGGGCGGGGCCUGAAGGGCUUGUUCAGCAGCAUGCGCUGGAGACGCGGCCGGGAUAGGACGAGCGAGCCGGACGGGGGCGGCGGCGGCGGCGGGGAGGGGGCGGCGCCGGCGGACGAGGCCCAGGAGGUGGAGGUCGCCCAGGUGGAGCAGGGAGUGGACAUCACGCUGACCCUGGAGCCCCUGACUCACCGGCCCCUGGAGGACGCCUCGGACCCCGAGCCGUGUGCCCACCACCAGACCCACCACUCCUCCCCCGGCAGCGUCUCGCCGCAGUUCGCCGCCUCGGCGGACGACGCCGGCGCCGACUCCUCCAGCCCCGCCUUCCCCUACACGCCCACCGACUCGCCGCUGCACGAGCCCCGAGGCCCCGAGGCCCGUGCCGGCUCCGGGGGCGCCGCGUCGCUCGCCACGCCGCAGCCGGAGCGCCGCUGCGGCGCCGCGGCGGCCGACCCGCCGUCAGAGCCGUCGGUGGACCGCCUCUGCUCGCUGCUCUUCACAGACGUCACCUCGCUCAAGAGCUUCGACUCGCUCACCGGCUGCGGCGACAUCAUCGCCGACACCGAGGAGGAAGUGCUGAGCGGGGCCAACGGCGGCAGCGGCACCAGCAGCAGCAGCAGCGGCGGCGGCAGUGGCGGCAACGGCAACGGCAACGGGAACGGGAACGGCGCCAGCGCGGAGGAAGGAGCCACGGGCAGGAGAACGGCGCCCGCCUCUCAGGGAUCUCCGGCCAGGCGCCCGCUGCCCUCCUCCCAGUUGACCCGCUCCGCCUUCUCCUCCAUCGCCAGCUCGCCGCCGCCCUCGCUGUCGUCCCGGGCGCAGGUCUCCCCCCCGCAGCCGGAGCACGUGACGGGCAGCGGCGUGGUCGCCUACAUGGGAGGAGGGGAGGAGAUGGCCAGCCCGGAAGGGGUGGACGACGCCGACAUGCAGGGGCUGUGGCACAUGCUGCCCUCCACCGGGGACAACUCCCCGGCUCUUCUCAGACCCCACCAGGGAGCCACCACCGCCCGCAAGACCCCCCAGGUGAAGACCCUGGGCCUCAGCAAGAUCCCCGUGGUCGGAGCGGCAGGGAGCCGCGGCACGGCGAAGCCCCCCCCCCCAGCGGCCCACCAUCACACGUACGGCGCCCGCCAGCCCACCUCGCCCGGCGAGAAGGAGCUGCUCAGCGACGAGGGGUACUGGGACACGCCCACCGCCACGCCCACCGCCACGCCGGUCGACGAGGGGAUCCAGCGCAGCGAGAGGAUCAUCCUGUCGCGGGACAGCUGCUCAGGGGACAACCUCUACGACCUCUACAACGACCCGGAGGAAGAGGACAAGGAGGACGACCUGUCCAGCACACCGUCCCCCUCGACCGAAUACAAACUCAGCCCCUCUUCGCAGACCACCCCGCCGUCGUCCUCCUCGUCGCCCCCGUCCUUCCGCUCGCUGAAGGGGAGCACCAGCCUGCCCCGGGACUCCAAGAUCCCCCUGAGUGUCCGGCAGUCCCCGCCGCCGCCGCACUCCGUCAGCCAAUCGUCCCUCCCCUCCGUCCUGGAAGCCAGCGCCGCGCAACCAAAGACCCAGGCUCCUCCCCCCGCACGCACGAGAAUCCCCGUCUCCAAAGUGCCCGUACGGCGCUCCGGACAGAACAAACCGGGAAACGCUUCCAGGGGUACCGCCCACAGGAAGUAGUUUGCCUCAGCGGGGAGCCGUUGUCCCCCCCCCCCCCCCCCCCCCCC